GUGGGGUACGUCGGGCAGCGUAGUAUCCGAACGUUGGCGAGAUUAAAUUGCAUUUAAGAUGGAUCCCGGAAUAUCGCUGGGGCCAAUGAUGCAUGAAACACAUACACCAUCACGAGAUUUAUAAUCCUCUAGAAACAAGGGUAUAUAUUUCUUUACGUCUCGUUUCUUCUAAUGUCGGUUUCCGAGAAGUGCCGACUUCGCCUAGUAGAGUGGCUUAGCAGUAUACCAUCAACCAAUCGAAGCGGUUAGCAUUGCGAUGACUUACGAAGAGUAUAUAAAUAUGAAGUAAAGUUUGCUCUACUUUAACUACCUGCUAUACAACAGUUUACCAAUAAAUAACUAUGGAUCAGUUGAAUAUGUCGCCAGCUUCAGUCGCCAAAGCGUCAUCCUUUACCAAACAAUGGCACUCUGAGCCAUAUCCCUCGAUUGACCCCCAACGCCCUGAACUAUCCGCAAAUGGAAAAGUUGUUGUUAUUACCGGGGCUGGAACUGGCGUCGGCCAAGCCAUGGCUGUGGCUUUUGCAACCGCUGGCGCCAAGGCAAUUGCCGUAAUCGGGAGACGGAUGGCUCUUCUCAAACAGGUGGCCGAAGAAUUACAGAGAAAGAAUCACAAUGUUCAAGUGCUUUGUGAACCCGCCGACGUCACGCAGGAAGCUCAGAUUAUGGGAGCAUUUCGAAGAAUCGCGGAUCAGGUAGGGCCAAUCGACAUUCUCUGCUCCAAUGUUGCAACGGUCCCGCGGUGCCCAACCAUCAAGGACGCGGAUCCAAACAUAAUACUUGAUGGCUUCAAGACAAACAUUAUCGGCAUGCUACACGUCGUCCAAGCCUUUCUAGCUUAUAGUGCUCAAGGUGCUGUUCUCAUCAACACCUCUACCGGACUAGCUCACGGCGGAUAUGCUCCCGGCAUGGCGGCAUAUGCGAGCACCAAAUCUGCAGCACUGAGGCUUAUGAGUUACCUCGCCAUCGAAAAUCAGCACUUGCAUAUUGUCAACAUGAGUCCCGGAGUACUUAUUCGGUCCGAAGCGUCUGAGUACUAUGCAGCAGAAGUCUACAAAGCUACAGGUAGAGUUUUAGUCUUCAACGAUGAACCACAACUCUCGGGUAAUUUUGCGGUGUGGUUAGCUUCGCCUGAGGCGGCCUUCCUCAAGGGCAAGACGGUUUGGGCCAAUUGGGAUGUAGACGAGCUGAAGAGCAAGACCAGCGACAUUGAAAAUUCCAACUUGCUCAGUCUUGGUUUGCAUGGAGUCGACUUUUGAAGAUUUUUGUUGUUAUUUUAGAAAUUAUAUCAAUCUACUUUCCCUGCCUACUCAG